UCUUGGCAACUUAUCGCGGCUCGCAGGCUGUCAGCGGAAAACGAAAACACGCGCCAUAUGGUCUGACGACGCUCGAAAUCCUUUGCAGCUUAGGCGAUUAAAGGUCAAUCGGCUCCUUCGUGAUCACUGAUUCGCAAUGAACAAGGCUGAAGAGAAGGAUUUGGUCAGGCUGAAAACCGCCGAGGCAACGGCAUGCAUUCACCUUCAUGGCGCUACGCUGAUAUCAUGGGUUUACAAGAACAAGGAGCUGAUAUUCGUGAGUGAGAAAGCCAUCUUCGACAACAAAAAGGCUAUCAGAGGGGGAAUUCCCUUUGUUUUUCCUAAUUUUGGACCGUGGAGCCUGGGGCCUCAGCAUGGCUUUGCAAGAAUUACCAGAUGGGCUGUCCACGAGCAACCACAUGCGGUUGCAGAUGGUGGCUGUGCUGUGACCUUGGUGCUCGAGGACUCCGAGGAGACAAGGAAGAUGUGGAACUUCAAGUUCCAGCUGCUAUACACAGUCAUCCUCAGAAAGAACAAUUUGGUCCUUGAUGUCAACGUGACCAAUACAGGUGACGCAGAGUUCGCCUUCACGGUCCUGCUCCACACGUACCUGAGGCUGAACGACGUGAACCAGUUCUCCAUAUCGGGCCUCCGAGGCAGCCCCUAUGUUGACAAGGUGAAGCAGGGAGAGAAGAGCCUGGAAUGCGAGGACCAAGUGCGCAUCAAGGGUGCCACGGACAGAGUCUACUGCCAGACAAGUGACACCCACACAUGCAGUGUGGCAGGCAAGCCCUGGGUCAUCGUGAAGACCGACAAUUUCCCGGACAUUGUUAUCUGGAACCCAUGGGUCAGUGGGGCAGCUUCCAUGGCCGACUUUGGCGACGACGAGUACGUCAAGAUGGUCUGUGUUGAGCCUGGAUACGUGUCCGAGCCCAAGAAGCUGCCUCCAAACCAGAACUUUGAGGCUUCAGUCACCAUGGAGACAGUGGAAUAACGUCAUCCGCUACAAGGACCUGCAGCGCACAUUCUGGUUCCAUGUUAUUGGAGAUGUGAUAGCUUUCGUUUCUGAUUAUUCUUUUAUUUGUGAAUAUAUAUUUAGCUUUCGGGGCUAGCGGGAAGUCUUGAAAGACAUCUUUUAUGCUGCUGCUUUAUUGAUCGAGGUUGGUUACUAGUUAGCAAUUUGCAUGAAUCUUUCUGUUGGCCUUACUUGGAUAGUUGGAUUUCUCUACUGUGAUAGGAAAUGCUAUUGGCAUACUCGUCUUAGUUUUAGGAAAGUAGACUCUGCUGUUAGACUGGCUGCUCUAAUGUGAAUGGUAAAUUUAUUUGCCCUUUUCGUGUUACCACUUGUCACAGUCCUAGGCUAUGUUGCUAGCAUUGCACUAAACUAUAAGCAAAUAUACUAAAUUAUUUGCAAAUAUAAAGUGACGUGAUGAAGUGCGUGAAAGACAAAGACGAAGGGAGGCAAAAAUAAAAGAUGGAGAGCCAACUCUUAGUUGAAGUGUAUUGGAAAAGUCCAUAGAUGCAUAAGAGCUCUUCAUUCCUGCAGCAUGGCAGUCAGAAAAGCAACAAACGAGCCAAGCAAUAGCAAAGGCAGAAAUUAAUAUCAACUGAGCAAAAAAGCAUCACUUUAGAUUGUCAUGUGUCAUCAAGAUUGAGUGCUAUAAAUACAUAGAUUUAUAAGCAUUUCCAGUAAACUUUAGUUGAGUCACACACAGUCUUAUCUUUUGCUUCUCUUCAUCUUUGUCUUUCAUGGUGUUUCAUCACGUCACCACAUCAACUUGGCCAGCUGUCUUAACUUCUGAAAUAUCAAGUGACGCAUCGAAAUUGUCCAUAUGCAGAAGUCAAGGAACCUGCAAUAUGCAGAAGCCAAGGUUUCUGCAUAUGCAGCUUCUGCCUAUGCUUCUGCAUAUGCAAGUCUAAGGCUUAUGCAUAUGCAGAAGCCAAGGAACCUGCAAAACAAAGCUUCAGUGUGUUUGGUGCUUGAACAUAAAAUAGAAAGACAUGUCUGUUGCGAGAAAAACGACAGCGUGCACUGAACCUACUGGUUCUCUCUUUUAAGUUGCCAGUUACCUCUUUUAUAAAAACUAAUUAUUAGCAUUUUGCAGUGCGCAUUUAUACCUGUGCCCAAUUCCAUUCAUUGGGUUUUAUUCUGCGUUUACUGUCAUGAAGUUCUAAAACAUCGCUGCAGGGAGUAACAUAGCAGUUGAAGAACUGCAGCGUUCUGCAUUUUAUUUCUGCCAAGUGAGAUGUUGAAGCCCUAUAGAUGUGCUUACUGUAAAACAAAUAUGCUUCAUGAUAUCAAGCUGGAAGUGACAAUGCACAAGUAUUUAUUCUUUGUCUGUGUCCUGGACAUGCCUUGCUCACGCUUUUGGCCCACUACAUUUCAGAUGUGCCACUGAUUUGACUUUCGACUUGAAUGGAAUGUGCAUAUUGAGAAAUACAGUGGGAUUGAGACACAAUGAAGACACAAUAAAGUUAAAUUAUUUUAAGAAAGCUGCAUUCACAAGUGGAGCCUUAGAUAUAUUUCUGCAGGAACUGCAAGCACCCAGGUGUUUACAACAAUUGGUGUCUUCAUGCCUCGCAUAUUUCAGACAUUUUAUUAUGUCUCAGUUGCAUUAACCACGAACCAAUCGUCUUUUGCUGUGUAGCAUUCAUGAUUUCAUGGUAAUAAUCCCUACUUUAAUAAAACUUUUGCUAUAGUUUAUUUAUGGUGCUUUUAUACAGAGCACAGUAAAAGUUAGUUUACUGUUCCUCUUUUCCUGGUGACAUUAACUAAAAUCUAGGGAGUUAUAAUGCUGAGCUUUCUAAUGAUCUGUAGUUGCUAAGUGAAUUUUUAAAUGCUGUGAGGCAGAGUGACUCUAGCUCCC